AUGCCAAAAUCAGUUAAGUUCAUGUCAAACCCGCCAACGGUAAAGUACAUACCUGAUGGCAUGGGUACCUGGGACAACCCAAACGUCAAAGCAUACGAUGCCACCACGGAGCAGGUUCUCAAUGCUGAAGAAAUAGUCCAGGAUACUUUCAAGAAGAUUGAAAUCUUGGAAGCUGCCGAAUUCGAAAGCUUGUCUACCGCUAACAGGGGUCUACAGCAUUUUGAUGAACACUUUGGUUCCACAAAGGUCCAGGCUGACCUUGCGGCUACAGAUCGUAAGCGUUCUAAAUCCGUCAGCCCACAGGGCCGUACGACGAAGAGUGAUAACGAAGCCGACCGGAGGACGAAGUCCACACGUAGAAGUCAAAGCAUGCAAUCACUGCAGAAAACCCCUGCUCCAGCGGUACCUGCAAUGAGCUUCCAAGCAAUGCUAGGACUAGGGAACUCUGCGACAAACACCGCGCUCCCGUCACUUCCCACGAGCGGUCCACCUCUACGCAGGAUGCUGAACCGAGCCCCUUUCAGCGAAACCGACAUCACGCAGUCAUUAAACAAAUACGGCUAUCCCACUCGGAUCCCUUCCCGAAAGGCUGUCCCGGAUCGCAAUGAGUCCAGUGAUAGUCGGAAAGCGGAUCUAUCAACUUCUUCCCCACGCACAGCAGGGCUCCACCGCAAAGACAUCCGGUUCUCCCAGUUCUUAGCCGUAGAUAGGAUUGCGACCUGGGAGCAGCUAGAUCGAGCCGCUUCGUCGAGGCAACCGUCCGUUUCUUCGACGGCUUCGACUGCGAAAACGGUUUCGUCAUUCAAGAGUCUUGGGAAGAAGAUGAAGGAGAAGGUGCUCCGUAGGCAAGCGAAUCGCCUCGGCAAGUCGACGAAAUGCCCUUCGCCUGAGCUGCAUCCCGAUUACCCGGUGUAG